AUGCUGGCGCUGUGCCUGCUGUCCCUGGCCUGGCUCAGCGAGGGCUCCCAGCGCAGCGAGCCCAUGUUUGCGGCUGUCACCCACCGCCUCCUCCCGCCUGACUACGACAGCAACCCCACGCAGCUCAACUAUGGCGUGGCUGUCACCGACCUGGAUGCCGACGGUGACUUCGAGAUCGUGGUUGCAGGGUACAAUGGCCCCAACCUGGUGCUCAAGUAUGACAAGGCGCAGGGGCGGCUGGUGAACUUGGCAGAGGAUGAGCGGGGCUCCCCGUACUACGCGCUGCGGGACCGGCAGGGCAAUGCCAUCGGUGUGACGGCCUGUGACAUCGACGGGGACGGCCGUGAGGAGGUCUACUUCCUCAACACCAACAACGCCUUCUCUGGCAUGGCCACCUACACGGACAAACUCUUCAAGUUCCGCAAUGGGCGCUGGGAGGACCUCCUGAGCGACGAGGUGAACCGGGACGUGGCCAGCCGCUUUGCUGCCCGCUCCGUCGCCUGCGUGGACCGGACGGGCUCCGGCAGGUUCUCCAUCUACAUCGCCAACUACGCCAGCGGCAACGUGGGCCCCCACGCAUGAAGUCCCCUGGGGCAGGGUGCCAGCUGUCCCCUCACCCCUGGGCGGCUGUCUCCAGGGGGCCGUGGGGUGGCCGUGGGCCCCAUCCUGAGCGACAGCGCCUCCGACAUCUUCUGCGGUAACGAGAACAGCCCCAAUUUCCUCUUCCACAACCGGGGGGAUGGGACGUACCGGGACGUGGCGGCUGCCGUGGGGCUGGAUGACCCCUACCAGCACGGACGCGGCGUGGCGCUGGCUGAUUUUAACCGCGACGGACGGGUGGACAUCGUCUAUGGGAACUGGAACGGGCCACACCGCCUCUACCUGCAGAGUGGGGCCCCCGGGCGCGUCCGAUUCCGGGACAUCGCCACCCCCAAGUUCUCCAUGCCAUCCCCCGUCCGCACCGUCAUCGCAGCUGACUUUGACAAUGACCAGGAGCUGGAGGUUUUCUUCAACAACAUCGCUUACCGCGGCUCCUCUGCCAACCGCCUCUUCCGGCUCAUCCGCAGGGAACACUCGGACCCCAUCGUGGAAGAGCUGAAUCCAGGGGAUGCGCUGGAGCCUGAGGGACGGGGCACAGGGGGUGCAGUGACGGAUUUUGAUGGCGAUGGGAUGCUGGACCUCAUCCUGUCCCAUGGCGAGUCCAUGGCACAGCCGAUCUCCAUCUUCAAGGGCACCCAAGGCACCAGCAACAACUGGCUGCGCGUCAUCCCCCGUACCCGCUUUGGGGCCUUUGCACGGGGGGCCAAAGUGGUGCUGUUCACCCGGCGCAGCGGGGCCCACCUGCGCAUCAUCGACGGCGGAUCAGGGUACCUCUGCGAGAUGGAGCCCGUGGCACACUUUGGACUGGGGCACGACGAAGCCAGCAGCCUGGAGGUGACCUGGCCAGAUGGCCGCGUCGUGGCACGAGCUGUGGCCAGCAGUGAGACCAACUCCGUCCUGGAGGUCCCCUACCCCCUGGAUGCGGAGGAGCCGCUCAUGCCUGCCCCGCUGGAGUGUGGGCAGGGAUUCUCCCAGCACGAGAACGGACGCUGCGUAGACACUGACGAGUGUACCAGGUUCCCCUUUGUCUGCCCCAGGCACAAGCCCAUCUGCAUCAACACCUACGGCGGGUACCGCUGCCGCAGCAACAAGCGCUGCAGCCGGGGCUUCGAGCCCAACGAGGACGGCACAGCUUGCGUGGACAUCGACGAGUGUGCCCAGGGCUUGCACAACUGCAGCCAGCUCUGCACCAACACCCCUGGGGCACACGCCUGCCACUGCCGCCCGGGCUUCCACCCCCUUGAUCCUGCUGCCAGCCAGUGCCGGGCCCUGAUCCCGACCAACCCAAAACAUGGGGGCAGGAUGGACAGACUGCGGCUGUGCAGGAGUUGA